AUGAAACUCCAACCCCUUCUUUUUCUUGCAUUUGGCUUGACCGCUGCUGCUGCUACUAUCUCCGUCGAACAAAACGUAGCUGAGGUUGCACACCACAGGACAACCACAACCACAACAACAACAACCUCAACCUCAACAUCAACCAAAACAACCAAGACAAAGUCUACCACUCACAGCAAGACCAAAACUACAACCAAGGUCAGCAAGCCAACGGGAACCCCCUGUGCCGGCAACAAAGCCAAUAAAAGAUCCAAAUGGUGCGAGUACGACAUCAGUACAGACUACACCGAGGUCGUGCCAGAUACAGGCGUAACCCGCGAGUACUGGCUCACCCUCGAUGAUCUCACCGCUGCACCAGAUGGCUUCAGCCGUCCAGUAAUGGCCGUCAACGGCUCAAUCCCAGGUCCGACAAUCAUCGCAGAUUGGGGCGACUGGGUCAUUGUGCAUGUCACCAACAACCUUCACACAUCCAUGAAUGGCACCAGUAUUCACUGGCAUGGUAUUCGUCAGAACUAUACCAAUGAUCAGGACGGCGUUGUCUCUAUUACGCAGUGUCCGACUGCUCCCGGCUCGACUCUGACCUACAAAUGGCGUGCUGUGCAGUAUGGCUCUUCUUGGUAUCAUUCUCAUAUUGGUCUCCAGGCCUGGGAGGGUGUCUUUGGUGGUAUUCUUAUCAAUGGCCCUGCUACGGCCAAUUACGACGUUGACAAGGGCAAUCUGUUCUUGACAGAUUGGUCUCAUCAGACAGUCGAUGAGCUUUACUCGCAUGCUCAGACGGUCGGUCCACCAAUUCUGGAUACUGGUUUGCUGAAUGGGACUAAUGUCUACGGCAAUGGUUCAGCCGCAACUGGAGAGCGGUUUACAAUGAAAGUUGAUAAGGGCUCUUCGUACCGGCUCAGAAUUGUCAAUUCGGCUGUUGACACGCACUGGAAGUUCAUGAUUGACAAUCAUACUUUGACGGUCAUCUCGGCAGACUUUGUGCCUAUCAAACCAUUCACAACAAACUAUAUCGACAUCGGAAUGGGCCAACGCUACGACGUAAUCGUAACAGCGAACCAACGCCGCGUCGGCGAGUCAUUCUGGAUGCGCGCAAUCCCCCAAGAAGCAUGCUCCGAAAAUGCCAGCCCGGACAACAUCAGAGGUAUAAUGCACUACGGCAAGAAAGCCAAAGAACCAACAACAAGCGCCUGGGCCUUCGAAGACGGAUGCCUGGACGAACCCGCCUCCAACUUAGUCCCCUACGUGCCCAAGACCGUCUCCGCUGCAGACUGGAGCGACAUGACGGACGUAACAAUAGGCCGCAACUCGGCAAACCUCUUCCGCUGGUACCUCAACAGUACGACGAUGCAAGUUUUCUGGGAAGACCCGACCCUGCUGCAGGUGUUCAAUAACCAGACAGACUACAGUGAGUCGAGUGGGUUGAUUAAGCUCCCGAAUGCCCAUGAGUGGGUGUAUCUUAUGAUCAAUACUUCUAUUCCGGUUACGCAUCCGAUCCAUUUGCAUGGGCAUGAUUUCUUUGUUUUGGCGCAGGGUUCGAAUCCGUGGGAUGGGGGUGUUAAUACUAAUAACCCCCCAAGGAGAGAUACCGCUAUGCUUGCUGGGAAUGGGUAUUUGCUUAUUGGGUUUGAGACGGAUAAUCCUGGUGCUUGGCUGAUGCAUUGUCAUAUUGGGUGGCAUACUGAUGAAGGGUUUGCGUUGCAGUUCCUUGAGAGGGAGAGGGAGAUUGAUCCUUUGAUUGAUUUUGAUGCUUUGCAGGAUAAUUGUGCGUCUUGGAAUACUUACGACGCCACUUAUAAUAUUGAUCAGGAGGAUUCGGGGAUUUAA